AAAAUGGCGACAUAAGGAAAAACGGCCUUUGAGACUGUCCCAAACAUUUAACAGUGUUCUUUUCUAAUUAUUACUAUUUAAAUUCCACGCUUUCAGCAUUUUAGCGGUAAUAGUCCGUUCUUGUUACCUUAUCGGGAGUAUAAAUUGUCGACUAACGAGGUUUCCUCGCUGUGUCGAUAAUGGAAACAGAGCAGGCGAGGAACCGCUUCCAGACAGAGCUGGAGUUCGUCCAGUGCCUCGCAAACCCCAACUACCUGAACUUCUUGGCUCAGAGGGGGUACAUGAGAGAGAAGCCGUUUGUGAACUAUCUCAAGUAUCUCCUGUACUGGAAGGAUCCAGAAUAUGCCAAGUACCUAAAGUACCCACAGAGUCUGCACAUGCUUGAACUGCUGCAGUACGAGCACUUCCGCAAGGAGCUGGUGAACGCACAGUGUGCCAAGUUCAUAGACGAGCAGCAGCUGCUCCACUGGCAACACUACUCACGCAAGCGUACGCGGCUGCAGCAGGCCCUGGCCGAACAGCAGCAGCACAGCAGUACUGCUGCGAAAUGACACUGAAGGACAGCACUAUAUAGACACAGGUCUAUAGAAAAUUACUUGCUUGGUCUCAUGCUGCUUGUACAAAGCUUCCUUAGUUUUCUGGAUUUGUUUUUGUACAGCUAAGUAAUAAAGUCAUUGAAUUUGCAUAUUGUAAUUAGCUUGCAGAAAUCAUUUUUCAUUAAAUACAGUACAAAGGGUGAAUGUGCCAGGAAAUAAUCUAGGUCAGUAUUACAUCCAUAAAUGUGGCUUUG